AACAUUUGGAAGAUUAGUAAAACAAAUUAUAAAAGUUAACGAACUAAACAAUUAAUAUUCCAUUUUUCUGCUAUCAUUUACAAAUAAUUCCCUAAGUUUGUGUUUCGAGUGCGAAAAUUUUAGCAGAGGAAAAAAUGAGGGCUGGAGCUCAGAAAUUUGUUACCAAGGCUCAAACACUCUUCCCCAAGGUUGAACCAGAUCAAGAGAUUGGUGCAGCCAAAAAAAGGAGAAAAGAUGAUGUUGAGGAAUCCUCUAAUAAGAGGAGGACAAAGCAGGAGGAUCCUUUCGCCGAGGUUUACAUCACUGAGAAAUCCAGAAGAUUGAAAGAACUCCAAAAGAGAGUGGCGAAAACUAUGAAUGAGGUUCGUGACGCGGAGAAGCAGCGCUGGAAACGUAUCCAUGACUUGAAUAAGAAUAAUAUGAAGAACCUGCCUGUUAAGCCUGAUCACAUUGACACUAAGGCCCAAGAGCUGGCAAUUCUAUGGAAAGGGAAGAUAAGAAUUGAAACUCCAAGAUCAUCCUCCCUCGAGGCUGAAGACAAAGACUGGGGGAAAUUGAGAGACAUAUUCGAACUUAUGUCAGAUUAUAACCUCAAAAUCGAGAUGCCAGUAGACCUUAUUGUCAAGCUCAUGGAUCAGCGACCAGACAAUCAACCAUCAACCUCUAAUCUAGCUUGCUAGGGUGGAUCUUGGGGUUCCUAAACCUGAGAGGUCUUGAAGUUAUGUGUCUUAAGUUAAAGACUAGUAAGAACCAAAUUACAAUACAAGAGGAUGUCGGUUAUAGUGCAUACUCAGUAAAGUCCUCCACUUUUGUGUCAAAGGACUGUUUUCAUCAUCUGUUUUCCAAGAUUCUUUUAAUAAUGAUGUUGGGGUCUU